AUGCCCAGCGAUACCACCACAUACAAGGGUAAGCCCUUUGAGCGGGCUGCUUUCGAGCAGCUCAUGAAGCACAAGUACUUCUAUGCGCCCUCGUUCGACAUCUACGGCGGUGUUGCCGGUCUCUACGACUACGGUCCGCCCGGCUCUGCCCUCACCGACAACAUUGUCGACAUAUGGCGCGAGCACUUCGUCCUAGAGGAGGAUAUGCUCAAGGUCGAACCCACCAUCCUCACCACACACGACGUCCUCAAGACCUCUGGCCACGUCGACAAGUUCGCCGACUGGAUGUGCAAAGACCCCAAGACUGGCGAGAUCUUCCGAGCCGACCACCUGGUAGAAGAGGUCCUCGAGGCCAGGCUCAAGGGCGACAAGGAGGCACGCGGCCAGAAGGUUGAGGUUGAGGAGGAAGACCCCAAGAAGAAAAAGAAGAAGGUCAAGAACAUUGCCGCCGUGAAGCUCGAGGACUCCAUGGUCAAGGAGAUUGAGGAAGUGCUGGCCAAGAUUGACAACUACAACGGCGAGGAGCUCGGCCUGCUGAUGAAGAAGUACGACAUCAAGAACCCCGCCACCAACGGCGAACUGCAACCCCCUGUUGCAUUCAAUCUCAUGUUCCAAACCUCCAUCGGCCCCUCGUCCAACCUGCCGGCUUACUUGCGUCCCGAGACUGCUCAGGGUCAGUUCGUCAACUUCCAAAAGCUGCUCGACCACAACAUGCAGCAAAUGCCCUUCGCCUCUGCGUCCAUCGGCAAGUCUUUCCGCAAUGAAAUCUCCCCGCGACAGGGUCUGCUACGUGUGCGAGAGUUCCUCAUGGCUGAAAUCGAGCACUUUGUCGAUCCCGAAGGCGGCAAGAAGCAUCCACGAUUCGACGAGGUCAAGGACGUCGAGCUUGAGUUGCUCAACCGCGACGUUCAACUGUCCGGAAAGACUACCGUCGAAACCACCAAGAUUGGCAAGGCUGUUGAGACUGGUCUCGUAGACAAUGAGACACUAGGCUACUUCUUGGCCCGCAUCCAGCUGUUCCUGCUUAAGCUCGGUGUUGAUCCCAAGAAGAUUCGGUUCAGGCAACACAUGGCUAACGAAAUGGCACAUUAUGCUGCGGACUGCUGGGACGCUGAACUGCUCACAUCAUACGGCUGGAUCGAGUGUGUCGGUUGUGCUGACCGAAGCGCGUACGAUCUGAGCGUGCACAUGAAGAAGACCGGCGCGCCUCUGAUUGUCCGCGAGACAAGGAAGGAGCCUCUGAAGGUCGAAGAGUUCGUCUGCGAACUUGACAAAAAGAAGUUCGGUCCCAAGUUCAAGAAGGACGGCAAGACCGUAGAAGCAGCCAUCGAAGCUUUGUCACAAGACCUUCGUGAGAAGCUAUCCUUGGAUCUUGAGAAGGAAGGCAAGAUUGUCAUCGACGUUCCUGAAGUUGGUGAUGGCAAGGUAGAGGUACCCAAGGAUCUCAUCACCAUCGAGAAGCGCACCCGUGUAGAGACCAUGCGCGAAUACACACCAAACGCUCUAUGUGAACAUGUUUACUGGACUCGUGAGCAGGACGAAGCCCGUGCUGUCCUUUCUUUCCCUCCAGCAGUCGCACCGACCAAGGUCCUCAUCGUACCGCUCAGCUCCAACCCCGACUUCGAUCCGUUCGUACGGAAGCUGAAGGACAAGCUGCGAAAGCUUGGUAUCUCUAACCGCGUUGAUGCUUCCGGUGCAUCUAUCGGUAAGCGUUAUGCCCGCAAUGAUGAGCUUGGUACUCCUCUCGGCAUUACUAUAGAUUUCCAGUCCGUCAAGGACAACACUUUCACGCUCCGAGACCGAGACACCACAGAGCAGGUCCGUUCAAGCUUAGACGAGAUCGCCCAGGCUAUUUCAAAUAUCGUCAAGGGCGAAGAGACAUGGUCAGACGUCGCAGCACGGCUACCCAAGUUUGAGGGCCAGGAAGUUGACCCAUAA